CACCGAGACUGAGGUAGAAGCAGAUUUGGAGAAAGAAGAAAGUGUGUGCGUGCACUGAGUUAACAUCAGGACACAACAGGCUGCCAUCGCUUCCCAAAAUCCGAUAGAUUUUUGACCUGACACCUGCAUUUUCAGCAAAUCAAGGGGAGCAGCCUGUACAUUCCUUCACAGCUACCUCCACUUCACAGCCCAAAUACUACUUCUCUUCAUCUGUUCUUCCAUCCUCCCAUAAAUAACCAUCUGUAAGGCCGUAGGAAGCUGCUGAACUUGGAGGCCUGUGAAUCAGUUAACAUGUCAACCCUGCGCUUUGGACAGCAUCUCAUCAAGGCCUCAGCUGUGUUCCUGCAGACGGAGCUGUCCUUCGCUCUGGUCAACAGGAAGCCUGUGGUGCCUGGUCAUGUGUUGGUGUGCCCACUAAGACCAGUGGAGCGAUUUCAGGAUCUUCAGUCGGAUGAGCUGGCAGAUUUAUUCAGCACCACUCAGAGAGUCGCCAAACUGGUGGAGAAACACUUCAACGCUACCUCGCUCACCAUUGCUAUCCAGGAUGGCCCUGAAGCUGGACAAACCGUGAAGCAUGUCCAUGUCCAUGUGCUGCCUAGAAAAGCAGGGGACUUUGAGCGGAAUGACAGCAUCUAUGAUGAGUUGCAGAAGCAUGAUCAAGAAGAUGAGGACAUUCCCUCCAAGUGGAGAUCAGAGGAGGAAAUGGCAGCAGAAGCUUCAGAUCUAAGGAAACAACUCUAGACAUCAUAAAUGGAUGGUGUCCAGCAUGCUGUGCCAGCAUCAGCAGGGAGUGGAAGAUAAUACAAAGAGUUGAUAUCACUUAAACUUGGAUUCUUUUGUUUUGCUGAAUGAUUUCCAUGUAUUUUUCAUCAACAAUGCAAAUAAUCAGUUUGUAUUUUAAAACUACUGCUCACAUAAACAAAUUCUACUUGAACAAUAAAGACAACAAUUCCCCUUUGGCCAUUCUAUUGGCCAUUUAAA